AUAUAAUAUACCUUAACAGUUAAAACCACGAAUUGACCUAAUCUAACCACUAUAUCUUAAUUUUUUACGAAAUUGCGAGUCCCGCUGAUAUUGUGUUACUUAAUAGUUAUUACUUAUUAGUAAAUUUAAUUGUAAUUGGUUUGGACAAUCUGGACUAAUAAAUAAAUAAAAUCUGUAUUGCUGCCAAUUUGCCAUUAGUUUUACAUAGAAAAGAAUAUAAUAAUUUUUAUAGUUUUCUACUUUUCUAGCUAUAUUGUAAAUAUGUUAUAAUAUAAACCUUUGUUUUUACAGUUUAGUACGAAUAAGAUAGUAUAAAAUUCGGGCUAUCUAUUUAGUACUACAAUGUAUUCUAAGUAUUUAUGACUGAAGAUCUACAAGAUAAUCAUGUAUACACAUAAUUUUGUCAAUUUGAUAACGAGCAAUUAUAAAAUAUAAUAUCAUUAUCUAAUUAUUGCUGUAGGUAAAGUAGGUAGUAGACAGUAAUCAAUAUUUGACAAAAGAAUUUUCAUCACAUUGCUUGUGUAAAUUUAGGCGAUACAUUGAUCAACUGUGAUUAUGGAUGAUGUAAAUUAUUUGGGUAAAGAAUUUGACAACUAUUAUGGUGUUGUUUUUACAAACAACAAAGAAGACAAAAUAAAUAGCUCAUAUCAUUUAUUAAAUACAGAGAAGCAACAUGUAAAAGUAUGCCAGGUGUUUUUAAGAAAAGUGUUUUCAUUAUUGAUACUUCAAUUGUUUGCAUUCAACUUUAUGGGAUUUUUUUGUUUAUUUACACCAAAAAUACGUUUUUUUAUUUAUAACUUUGAAUAUAUGUUAUCAAUUACAUUAAUAUUAAAUGUGGUUGUACUUAUUUUUUUACACAUGAACCGCAAGCAUUAUCCUGCUAACCUUAUAAUCUUAAUAAUUUUUACUGUUAUAGAAGCUUGUACUGUAGGAAUUGUAGUCACAUCAUUUGAUUUAUUUAUACUGCUGCAAACAUUAUUACUCACCUUAGUUUCAAUGAUAGCAACAACAUUAUAUUUGAGUAAAACAAAGAGAGUGGGUUUAUCAUUGACUGAAUAUUGCACUCUGCUGAUUUUUACUAUAUUUUCGUCCGGUGUACUAGUACAAAUUAUACUGGGCAGUACUACGUAUGAACUUGUAUUCUCGGGUAUCAGUUCAUUAUUAUUUUCUAUGUUCCUUGUACAUGAUGCUCAGAAAUUGAUGUGGAAAUUACAUCCUGAAGAUUAUGUUUACGGUACCAUCAGUAUAUAUUUUGAUAUAAUCAAUUUAAUUCCUUAUUUACUUCAUAAAGUUUACAGCUUUAGGGUAUAAAAUAUAAUUUUAAAAUCAAAAG